UAGGCUUAUUGCACUUGAAGUUACAAUAUAACCGUGACUUGUGUGACCUCCAAUGCUUUCUUUGAAUCAUUUCCUCCGUCCUAUUACUACCAGGCCCUUUUCAACUGGUAGAUGCCUCGUACGGCCUCAAAAACAUCUCACUGGAGCUCAAUUAUGGAAGCGACACGUCGGAACGUCUCCAGAACCUUCUCAACCUUCUCGACCGUCCUCUGAGCCCAGUCGACCUCAGCGCAAUGUCAUUGGGGCAUUCACUCCAACAUCGGCUGCUAUAUUUGUCGUUGUCGGUGUAGGUCUCUUCUGGUAUUUCCGUAAUGAAAAAGCAAAACUCCAGGAGCAACGCGAAAAAGAAAGAAUGUCAAAAUCAUAUGGUCGUCCGCAUGUUGGCGGCCCCUUCUCAUUGGUCAACUGCACCGCCGCCCCGUCUUCCUCCGAAGAGCGAUUUACACAUGAAGACCUGCUCCGAAAAUGGUCCUUGGUUUAUUUCGGCUUUACCAACUGUCCAGAUAUUUGUCCUGCAGAACUGGAUAAAGUUACUGCCGUUGUCAAUGAACUACGUCAAUCAAACCCUGAUCUUCCGCUACAACCUGUUUUCAUUUCUGUCGAUCCUGCGAGGGAUACUCCUUCGACUAUUCGUACUUACCUGACAGAUUUUCACCCUUCCUUCGUUGGUCUUGUUGGAAAUUUUGAACAAACAAAAUCUGUGUGCAAGGCAUAUCGUGUAUACUUUUCAACACCCCCAGAUGCAGAUCCCAAGGGAGAUUAUCUAGUGGACCAUUCAAUAUUUGUGUAUUUGAUGGAUCCUGAAGGCAGGUUUGUGGAGGCUUUUGGACAAACAGCUGAGAAGGAGGAAAUGGUGGAUAAGAUCAGACAAUUCGUCGUGGAAUGGAGUCGAUAAUAGUAGUAUAUAUUCUCUAAGAUUACAGGACAUCAAUUAAACACCCAACUCUUUAUCCACUUGGUUUUCUUCCUUUGCAAAGUGGCGCAGUGUGG